CUGUACUGUAGCUAGCAUAGACCACCACUGACCUUAAUUGCGCCUCAAUAAGACCAUCCACCAGCUAACCUAAGCAAUGGCAACUCGCCCAACAUUGGCCGACGCUUGGCGACUAUCUCGGACUCUCUUGCCUCAUGGGAGCACCAAAUAUCUAUCAACUUACAUACCUAGGCAUCAGGUCUACGACACCACCAUUGCCAACUUGAACAUUGGCAAGGAUACUAGGGUGAUCUACCAAGGGUUUACUGGUAAAGCCGCAACUCUUAAUGCCAAAGAUACCCUUGCAUAUGGAACUAAUGUCGUUGGUGGUGUAUCCCCAGGCAAAGGUGGCCAAGAGCAUUUGGGUCUUCCUGUAUUUAAUACGGUCAGAGAGGCUAUGGAACAGGUAAACCCCCAUGCGACAUCAGUCUUCGUACCAGCACAAUUCGCCGCUGCUGCUAUUAUUGAAGCAAUAGAGGCAGAAGUGCCUCUUGUGGUGACCGUGGCUGAGCACAUACCUGUACAUGACAUACUGCGUGUCCAUGAUGUGCUAAAAACUCAAUCUAAAACUCGCCUUGUUGGUCCCAACUGCCCCGGUAUUAUUGCUCCCGAGCAGUGCCGUAUUGGCAUUAUGCCGUAUAAGCAGUAUAAGAAGGGCUCUAUCGGUAUAGUCUCGAAGAGCGGAACCCUAAGUUACGAAGCUGUGGGCUCAACAUCGAAGGCGGGAUUGGGUCAAAGCCUCGUUGUUGGUAUGGGAGGAGAUAUGAUGCCAGGGACAACACUUGUGGACGCCCUUAAGCUGUUCUUUAAUCAUCCAGGAACAGAGGGCAUCAUUGCUAUUGGUGAGAUUGGUGGGGAGGCAGAACUCAGAGCUGCUGAAGCCAUUAAGGACUACAGGAGAAUCACGAGAAAUCCAAAGCCAAUCAUAGCGAUGGUUGCUGGUAAGACAGCCCCUGAAGGUAGAACCAUGGGCCACGCCGGUGCACUUCUGCAAUCAGGUGAUAUAUCUGCUGAAGCCAAGGCGAAGGCUUUGGCAGAUAGUGGAGCCAUUGUAGUACCACAUCCUGGGGUCAUGGGACAGAUUAUGAAGGAAUUGCUUUCGUUAUAUACUAACAAAAUCCCUGAAGGAUCGGGUCAAUUAGGUCCCGACAUAUCAUUCCUUAAUCUGGAACCGGAGCCACCAAGAGGGCACUAAGGGAAUAUACAAGCUGAUUUGUAAUCUGCAAAUUCUACGAGGUUAGAUAGUUGGUCUAUACUGGCCAUGGCUCCAGGUCUUGCUACUAAGCUGUCAGAUUGGAAAUGUUGCCAGACAGAGUAUGGGUAUUAAGUAGUUACACCCAAUGAUAUAUAUGUUAAUAAUAGGAAGUUAGCUUUAAGAAACUUAGUUAAAU